UGUCUCCCCCAAACGAAAAUGGCGUGCCUUUCUCCCUCUCACUAUCCUCCACCUCUCGCGGCUUUUGUCUCACACUCCGCCGCGGCAUACCACUACUGUUACCAUCCUUCCGCUCCACUCUCCAAAUCCACCGUCCCUUACCACUGCUCUCCUCUCCGACCUCAAAUCUCUUCUUCAACUCUCUUCCACCGCCCUCCAUUCUCUCAAUCGUCGCCUCCUCAACUGCCGUCGGAGAUUUGGGCAAUUCGUAGUGAAAUUGAAUCGAGCGGCAUUUUUGCGCUCUAUUCUGAGGGUUAUUGUUAAGGAGGCUGUUGAACUGGCAGGAUGGAGAGAUGAAGGAAAUGGAGAAAGCUUUGCGGGGGGUUGGGGAAUCGGUGUACUGAAUGCCCGGUUUUAGUUAGAGUGAUGGUGAAUGUAUUGUAUGGUGAAGUUAAUGGGAAGAAUUUUGCCAUUAAUUUGUUGAAGGACCUCUGCAUCGCAUGCUUCGUAUUUUUCUUUGAAGGGGUGCAAAGUGUUAGAUCAAUUGAUAGGAGAAAGAGAGAGCAUAGAAUGUGUAACAGUUGGCAACAGUAUGAUUUUCAUCUCUUAAAUGGUUACAUGAACGCGCUUUUAUUGAAGAUAAGAUCAAAGCAUUGCGUACCAACGGUAUAUUUUGGUUGUGUUCUGCUUUAAGUUUGUAUCUUGUUUUGCGUUUAUUUUGUUUUUGGUAUAUAUAGAUUGAUUAUGUGUUUCAAUGUGCUUUCUAUUUUUAUUAAACUGGAGAAACACUUCAUCGUGGAAAGCUAUAGGUCGAACUGCAGUGAAGUGAACUUUUUUCGUGUUUUCCAUAGGACUACAUUCUUCAGAAUUUUGGCUCUGGAGUUGGAGAAUUAUGAAGUUAGUGAUGUUGUUUGAUGACAAGCUUAAUGAAUUCACCUUGCUUUCUGUAAUUUUUUGGUCUUAAUCCCAUCCUUGAGGUUGAGGCUCCUUUCUGUUGGUAAUCUUCUUGCAGUAGUGUGGAUGGAACAUGCUCAUCUGUCCAAGCUAACGAGGUUGUUCAAAGCUGAAGCAUAAAGCUGUGGAGAACUUUUUGUGAUGAAUCAUGAAGACACAGGCUAAUCCAUCACGAAGGAAGUAGAACCCUGGAUGAGAUCGCGAGAGGCUAUUUGGAUGAGUUGAUCAAUCGAAACAUGGUUCAAAUCAAGGAUUUAAUGCUGGAUGGCCGCGUUAGAAACUGCCAUUUACAUGAUCUCUUCCGAGAAGUGUGUUUGGAGAAAGCAAAGAUGAAAUAGGGUUUCAGAUCAUCGAGAAGGGGAAGGAGAAGGAGGAGGCGAUGAAGAGGACGACAAAGCCUCGUCAUCGCAUUCUCUAUGGUCAGAACCUCGACACAGUGUCGAGGGACCAUACCCGCCAUCUCCGCUCUCUGUUCAUCAUCAAUUCCCAUUCCGAUGGCUUCAGCGAUGUCUGUGUGAAUACCCCAUUUCGUUUCUGGAAGAGUUUUCAGUUGCUCGAGAUACUCUACCUUGAAGGCGUUGGUUGGCGGAGUUUCCCUCACUCGUUCCGCUCGUUGAUCGGGUUGAGGUACCUAAGAAUACAGUCCGUAACCGCUGAUCAGCGGAUCCAGAUCCCGGGGUGGUUCGGCCACCUCGAGAAACUCGAGAUUCUCGACGUGGGGAGCGAGAAUCUCGAGUUACCGCACGCCACUCCCGUGAUGGAGCAGCUGCGCUACUUCAGCGCAGCUCACGUCCACGGACUGACAACGAUGGAGAGCUUGAAACACGUGGAGACUCUGAGAUACCUCAGCGUGGAUGAUUUGCUACGGUGCACGUCUCCCUCGACCUGUCCUGUUCGAGAAUUGGGUCUGUUUCUCGACCAGGAGAGAGAUGGAAACGUGCUCAAGAGAGCGAGGGUGUCGAUGGAAGAGAUGACGAAUCUCGUGAAGCUUGAGCUGACGUGGGAUCUGUCGCUGGCUCGAUCGAGCCAGCGAUGAUCCCUCAUCUGGCGGGCCUCACGAAGCUGAAGCUGCGGGGCAGGAUGAGGUGGUGCCCGGAUCCGGGCGUUUUCCCGCCGAAUCUGACGCUCGUGGAGACGUUUGGGAGGAGGAUCCGAUGACGGAGCUGGGAAAGCUGCAGAAGCUGGAGUACCUGAAGUUAAGUGGCUACGUGUGCUUGGGCGAGAGGAUGAGAGUGUUGCGUGGGGGCUUCCUCGGCCUCAAAGGGCUUUCUUUCCAUUAAGGAUAUGUAUUUGUUGAAAGGGAUUGAUGUGGAAGAAGGUGGAAUGCCGCAACUCAAUUUGCCCCACCGAAUUCUUGCAUCAUUGUCAUCCAUGAAGACGGUGGUAUAAUCUUGUUACUAAUGAUAUCCCAGUGCAAUGUUUAUUGUGUUUUGAAGUGAAUGCGUGCUUCCGAAAUUCUAUGUUUUCUACUUUCUUGUGCUUAGAUAACUUCAUUGUAAUGAGAGUUUAUUUUCAGCUUUUC